AUCCAGGGAAGAGCAAGAAAUGCGGAGCUUUUGUUACAUAACUGUGGAGUUUUCUCUUAUCAAAAAAUUCACUCGCACCAGCAAGAGAAAUUUCAAGUUGAACUGAUAAGAAACCGGUCCAAAUUUUUGUUUCAAUUUUAAUUAAGUAGCAAAAAAUUAAAAAUUGGCACCUAAAAUGGUUAACAGUGGUGUCUCCUAGGCGCUGCCUAAGUUUGUGCUUGACCCAGUCGUAGACGGGCAGCUCGACGGCCGCGAUGAUGGCCGCCCUUUGAGCCGUGGGUCCGACGCCCCUCCACAGUCCCCGGACGCCCUCCAGUUGCCAGACGUCGACGAAAUUGACCAGCAGAGAGCCCUUGGUGGUGCUCGCCUGCAUCCGGACCUUCAGAACGUCCGUCGGGUUGGCAACCGAGGCGGCCAGGACGGCGGCCACCACGGCACAGCCCACGUUCAGGGCCGGACUGGUCCCGGUGCCCCCGAGGGCGCCUUGCAUCCAGUAGUACGAUCCGAACUUCAGGGUGCCGUACGAAGCCUGUCGCAGCAGUGCAGGCGCCAUCCUGUGGACACUCGGUUAAUUAGUAGACGGACGGGGUCAGAGGUGAGCGAGCACUGACCCGGAGUACAAGGCGCGAAAGCCCUCCUCUUUGGAAAUGUUGGCCAAGGCGUGCAGCAUCCCUCGGUAGCGCUGCAGUCCACCCUGCUGCAGCUGCAGCCGAGUCUUGGUGGUAUCGAUCGGAAAGGUGCCUAAACACAAGGUCACCUUCAGCACCAGGUCGAGAGUGGAACUUUCGGACACUUACCGAAUUCGGCGGUGAUGGAUGCGAACCCUCCAUAGACGAACAGUCGCCAGUCCUUGCCCAUGCGGUCGAACAGCCCUCGAGUGGAAAACAACACGAACGACGCCUGACGGGUGGCGACGCAAUCAACUCGCUCCUGCGAGUGUCGGCGGCCGGCAAACGCGUUCGCGUUCAGACUCGUUCGCGGCGCUAAAAAUACUACUCGGUGCUGGCGCGCGAAUUGUGUGUAGUCUGUAGUCUUUUCUUUGUAUUUGCCGAGAAGGAAGAUAAUUAUUUCUGCUUUUUUGCGCCGAAGUGUGAAGAGCGAGGGAGAGAUGCAGCGUCAGAAGAAGAAUAAUAAUGAUGAUGACGAGAUUAUUGUUUUCCCGCCGCCGUCGCCGCGACCACAAAAGAUCUCGCAAAUCUUAUCUCGCGCCGAGGCAGACAGAGAAUCCGACGAAGUGCACCAAAUGCUGCGAGAUGUGCUGGACAAAGAUGAGACUCGGGGCGAGGCCAAUUCCAACUACAAGUCGACGGACAAAUUUGUGCACAAGGUUUGCAGGAAGUUGAAGAAGAUCGACCGCUCGUCUUUGCCAAAUUCCUUGAGGAAGCAGGAGAAAAGCAGUUUUGAAAAUUCAGAAAAUUCUGAAAAUCCAUCAGAGGAGGAAGCAGUGCAAACUCCGCCAGAUUCCCCAGAAUGCUCAAAUUCCAAUAGUGCAGUGUCUGAUUAAUAGAAAAAUCUGGAAAUAUCAGAGUAAUAAAAAAGGUGAAAUUUGUAAAUUAGUGUUUGCAUGAUCAAUAAUAAUUAUUCUAUUAAAUUUUUAAUUGAAUUUCGUAAUAAACAUAAACAAUAAUUACAUUAAAAAUUAAAAUUUUUAGUAAAAAAAGUUACAUACUGAAACUCUUCAAAAGUCUGUCAAUAUUAUUUUCAUAUC